AUGAACAAGCUUGUGCUCGCCCUCUCUCUUUCCACGGCCUCGGCCUUCGUCGGCCCCUCCGUGGUCUCCACGCCGACCGUCGUCGAAGGCGCCAAGGAUGAGCUCGUCGCCCUCGCGGAGUCGAACACGGAUGCCCUCGGCUCGGCCAUCGGCUUCUGGGAUCCCCUCGGCGCCUCGGACCUCGACUUCUUCGGCCUCGAGCUGAGCGGCCGCCUGCCCGCGGGCGCGACGGUGGGCUACCUGCGCCACGCGGAGAUCAAGCACGGGCGCGUCGCGAUGGCCGCGUUCGUCGGCUACUGCAUCCAGGCGAACGGCAUCCACUUCCCCUGGACGCCCUACCCGGGCUUCGAGGAGGGCCUGAGCCCGCCGGAGCAGUGGGCCGCCAUCCCCGCCGCGGGCAAGUGGCAGUUCCUCGUCUUCAUCGGCAUCCUCGAGGCGCUCGGCGAGUCGUUCGCGCCCGGGGAGCACUACAUGGCCGGCGGCCGUCCCGGCGUCUUCCCGUCGCUCAAGGAGCCCAACGAGGAGAUGCUCUCCAAGGGCGUCUACCCCUUCCACGGCUUCCCCCUCGACCUCUACGACCCCUUUGGCACGUUCGCGAACCGCUCGCCCGAGGACAAGGAGCGCGGCCUCCGCGUCGAGGUCAACAACGGCCGCCUCGCCAUGCUCGGCAUCUUCUCCUUCAUCUCCGAGCAGAAGGUCCCCGGCGCCGUGCCCGCCCUCUCGGGCAUCGUCAAGCCCCUCCCGGACCUCGAGAUCAUGGGCCCCUUCGUCGGCACGGACGGCCUCCAGCACAUCUUCGGCUAG